UCUGCCUCCACCCUGUUCUUUAGGUGCCAGCACUGGGAGGUUGGGAGCAGGGUAAGUCCAAAUACCACCAGCCCCCAGAGCAGAAUACCCACCAAUGUCUAACCUGGCUGGAACCCCAGAGUCCUGUCACAGAUCCUGGUGAAGAAGACAAUGAUGUGACACGGCCAUCUCAGUCCAUCACACUGCAAAACUGCCUUCCAGUGCCUGGCAUCUGUGUCCUUGAUAAACUCAUCAAAACGUGCCCAGUCUGGCUUCAGCUGAGCAUGAAUCGGGACAGGGCUGGAGAGAUACUCAGCAAAGAAACAGCAGGGAGAGAGAACAUUGAACCCUGAAGAAAAGGUCUGGAAAUCCUGAUGCUGUUGGGCAGAGGUGGGUUUAGCGCACUAGCUGAUAUUCCUAGUUAAGAGAGAUGGUAACAUGAACAACAUGGUACUCUUGGUCCACUUCCCAGCCCAGAAUGCGGCUUCUGAUGUGCAAGAGUACAACAUUAAAGAAGAAAAAUCAUUACUGUACCUGGAAGGAUCUGUUCUAGUGUUUGAGGACAUCUUCAAACUGAUAGCGUUCUACUGUGUCAGUAGGGAUUUGCUGCCCUUCACACUCAGGCUGCCUCAAGCAAUACUGGAGGCCAAUAGCUUUGCAGACCUCGAAACCAUUGCGAGCCUGGGGAUAGGCUUCUGGGACUCCUCUUUAAACCACAGAAGAACAGGAGGGGGGAUUUCCCAGCCUGUGAAAGACUCUGCCCUCAGAACUGCCCAGACGAAUAAUCUAAGGUCUAACCAGCAGUUUGCAAGUAGCACAAACCACUGUUCAUGUGAAAUUGAGCUGUCAAUAGGAAAUGACAAGCUGUGGUUUGUGAAUCCUAUUUUUAUAGAGGAGUGCAGCAAUCCUCUUCCUCCAGAUGUACCUCCUUACAAGAGCUCCAGUGCAAGCGCUGAUCACUGUAGUGCAUCCACACCAAAUCCUAAGAGGUCUCCUCACCGUCCCCCUCCACCUCCUCCUCUUCCUCACAGUCAAGUUCUGAAGCCACCUGCAAAGCUAUCUAAGGAUUCCAUGACUGCCUGUGAAGAGGACCAGCUGCUUCUUCAGCAACUGAGGAAGAGCACUAAGGAAAUGAAAAUUGAGGGCAGUAAAGGUAAGGAAGAAAAGGGAAAAGAACCCUACUCAUCCAGUGACCCAUCAUCAGCCGCCCCACCGAAAUGUGCUCUUCCCUCCAUACCUCCGAGGAGGCGGCCAACUGAAAGAGCUUCAGAAGCGAGCUGCGUUGGUAAGCCUGGAAAAUGUGAAAUGCUGAAAGGGGAAGAGGCUCAAGAAGAACAGGAUGUUUGUACAGAGAGCAAUGAUUCUCAGUGCAGAAAGGCAGUAAAAAUGCUGGUUGCCAUUAGUGAGAGCACUACAUCAGAGUGCCAGGAAGCAAAGCCCAAAGCUGCAGAAAAAGAGAACUUGCCUGAGCUACAAAGGAAGCCGAUGGCAAUCGUAAAGAUGCCCCCUGUCCCACCACCAAGAAAGAAGAGGCUUUCUCGGCUGCCAACUUCUUCCAGCUCCUGCGACUCAAAACAAAUAAACAUUGCAGAGCCAGCCACACACAAUGCACAGUCUUCAUCCAAGGAGAGCCCACAGCCAGAAGGUGAUGCCACCUGCCAACACACUCAGGAUGAAUCAGAUGCUAGCUGUAAAUCUGUUAGCUCAUCUGAACUUAAAGGUUCUCAUACCUCCCUGGACUGUCCAGGAAGCAAUGCAGUGGCUCAGACCUCUGCUUCGGAGCCUGACUCUUACUCCACAAGCAGCACGGAGGAUGACCUAGAGCAACUGAGCAGCCCUGCCAUUAAAAAGACACGUUCUGUAAUCUUGGGCAAGGCCAAGCACAGGCUCUCCUUUGUCAGCCUAACCAAUGUCUUCACAGUCUUCUUAUCUGCUGACAGAAAGCUGCAGAAGAAGAUUGUAGAGCUGUCACAGGACAAGGAUUCUUACUUUGGCAAUUUGGUGCAGGACUAUAAAGUGUACAGUUUAGAGAUGAUGGCAAAACAGAGUUCCAGCACAGAGAUGCUACAAGAAAUUCGAAUGAUGAUGACUCAGCUGAAGAGUUAUUUAAUACAAAGUACAGAGCUGAAAUCUCUCAUAGAUCCAGCUGUUUAUAAAGAAGAAGAAUUAGAAGUGAUUGUCGAGUCAGCGUUGUACAAAUGUGUCCUGAAACCUUUAAAAAAUGCCAUUGAUUCCUACUUACGGGAAAUCCACAACAAAGAUGGAUCCUUACAGCUGCUGAAAGAGAACCAGUUGGUCAUACAGAACACAACCACCACUGACCUGGGUGUCACCACCAGCGUGCCUGAAACUGUUGUGCUGGAAAAAAUCCUUCACAAGUUUACAACCAUGCACAAGUUCUACUCCCCAGAGAAGAAGAUUAGCACACUGCUGAAAUCCUGCAAACUCAUCUAUGACUCCAUGGCUCAAGGAAACCCAGGGAAGCCUUAUGGUGCAGAUGAUUUCCUCCCGGUGCUCAUGUACGUCUUGGCCCGCAGCAACCUGACUGAGGUGCUUCUGAAUGUAGAGUAUAUGAUGGAGCUCAUGGACCCUGCUCUGCAGCUGGGCGAGGGUUCCUAUUACUUAACUACCACCUAUGGGGCCCUGGAGCACAUCAAGAACUACGAUAAGAUAACAGUAACUCGGCAGCUGAGCAUGGAAGUGCAGGAUUCAAUUCACCGCUGGGAGAGGCGGAGGACGCUCAACAAGGCCCGGGCAUCCCGCUCGUCUGUGCAGGAUUUCAUCUCCAUCUCCUUUUUGGAGACUAGUGCCCAGACACGGACGAUGGCCUCGCGGACAGACACGACAGCUCAGCAGCUAGGCCAGCAAUGUGCUGAGAAGUUUGAGGUGUCGGAUCCCCAGAACUAUGGGCUCUUUGUUCAUGUUGACGACAGGUGCCUGCAGCUUGCUGAUGAUGCCCAACCCCAUCAUAUAAAAUCCUACCUUCUGAAGAGCGAACCCAAAAAAGAUUUCCAUUUUAUUUAUAAACUGCUAUGCAAGGAAGAGACACAGAUUCCAGUCAUCAAAGAGCCAGACUUUUUAUAAUGGCAGAACUGCUCUUGUAUUGUGUAUGCUGCAGUCUUUGAAAAGACUGAGACACUUUAUCUUAUGAGAUCUUCUGACAUCAGGAGCAUGUUGGAACUCAGCCUUUUAGCAGUGGUGGACAGGGUAGUAGUUGUAGAUGCUGUCUCACUAUUGGGCAUUUCUCAGCAGAAUUCAUUUGCAGAAGCAAACAGACCAUUCAUAGGAAUGGUCCUACUUUGGAAAACUUGAAGUAUUAAACCUCAAAACCUCCCUAUGGCAACAAGCAAACUCAUAAUGGAUGUGGACAAUGGAGCUUAAUCAGUUGCUCCUGAGUUUUUACAGAAGAGUGAUUAUCUAUCCUAUUAUAAGUUAUAUAGGUGAGAGUCACCUAUGCAGAAGGCCUGUAAAGGGUCUAUGCACAACUUAAACCCUAUUUUUGAGGACUUAUGUGGUGUGAGUGCCUAGAGCUGGUUCCCUGCACAGGGUUGAAUUUCACCCUGCUUGAAUAAAUUAUGACUCAUGAUUGAUCUGUUCAGCAGCAUAGAAUCGUAUCAUGCAGCAGAACUCUAUCUGUACCCUGGGAUGUUAUGCUAUAUGUACUGACCUUUGAAAUACAUGUAAUAACAGAACAUGAAAUCCAAUACUGUAUGUGCGCGAAGAAGCCUUUCUGUGUGGCAUACAUUUUGCUGAAUUACAUAAUUUAUGCACUUCCAUCAAUGUAUUUUUUCCUCUUAAAGACUGUGACUCCGUCACCAUCAUUUUAGAUGUACAACAGCCUUAAUCAGAUCUGUUGUACAGUAAUGUCUGGUUAAAUGUAUUUAUUUCCAUGUGUGAUCAUUCUAAAAUCACUUCCUAUUUGUGAAUAACUUGAUAGUGUAAAAACACUGAGGGAAAAGGCAACAUUCAUUAUAAAAAACUGUUUGAUUUCAAAUAGAUCAGUGAAAGGACUCAAGGUCAGACACAUUUUUUAAAAAUACCACUUCCUUUUCAGCCAGUACUGGAUGCUUCUGUUAUUUUCUCAGAUGUUUUUGUAUCUUCAGGUUGUUACAUGAGUAAAUACAUGCUGUUGCAGACUGAA